AUGUCUGUCAGACACUCUGAGGCAUCACGGCUGGGCGAGGGAGCCCCGACACCACGGGGAUCAAACACCCACAGUGCAGCUGUGCUGUGUGUGGUGUGUGUGUUGGGGUCGCUGCUGGAACUGAGUGCCGGCUGUCCCUCGGUGUGUGUGUGCAACCUGACGGAGGCGGACUGCAGUGGGCGUGGCCUGACGGCGCUGCCCCCCCUGGCGCUCCUGCCCUCGUCCACCCACACGCUCCUGCUGCCCAACAACCACCUCUCUGCCCUGCCCCCCUCGGCCUUCGCCAACCUGUCCUCGCUCGAGCGCCUGGACCUGUCCAACAACUACCUGGACAACCUGCCCGGCGGGCUGUUCCGUGAGCUGGCCAACCUGAGCGCGCUCAGUCUGCGCAACAACAGCCUGACGGCGCUGGACAGAGACCUGCUGCAGGGGCUGGGGCAGCUGAGGAGGCUGGACCUGUCGCUCAACGGGCUGUCGGCCGUGCCGUUGGGCCUGCUGGAUGAGACGCAGGGGCUGACCUGGCUGUCGCUGGCCGGGAACCGGCUCCACGCGCUUGAGCGGGCGGCCUUCGAGCCCCUGGCUAACCUCCAGACCCUGCGGCUGGGCGCCAACCCCUGGGAGUGCGACUGCAACCUACGGGACUUCAAGCACUGGAUAGAGUGGCUCCUAUACAGAGGAGGCCGAGUGGAUGCUCUGGAGUGUACGUUGCCUAAGGACUUGCGUGGGCGGGACAUCCGUGGCGUUCCCAUAGAGAUGUUUAAUUACUGCCUGCAAUUGGAGGAGAACCGGAGGGGCAGUUCCCCAGAGGAGGGCUCUGGCUCGUCCAGCCCUGUUCCACAUGGCAUCCCCAGCAGCCCGUCAUCCGCCCAGCCCUCGAGGAGGAGGCCGAGGCUGAUGCGCCGUGGAUCAGCUGCGGACUGCGUGAAGCAGCGGUACCGCCCGGUGAGCGUGCGGCGGGCGAUCGGCACGGUGGUCAUCGCGGGGGUGGUGUGCGGCAUCGUGUGCAUCAUGAUGGUGGCGGCCGCCGCCUACGGCUGCAUCUACGCCUCGCUCAUGGCCAAGUACCAGCGCGAGCUGAAGAAGCGCCAGCCACUCAUGGGCGACGCCGAGGCCGACGGAGACGCCGAGGAUAAACAGAUCUCCUCCGUCGCUUAGAGAGGAGGGAGGGAGGGAGGGAGGCCGUUGUCAUGGUGUCGAGGGGAUGGAAAUUUCAUGCUUUCCUCUCCUACAGGAGAGGUUUGUCUCUCCUCUAUCCUGAUGUGUGUGUGUGUGUGUGUGUGUGUGUGUGUGUGUGUGUGUGUGUGUGUGUGUGUGAGUGAGUGUGUGAGUAAGUGUCUGAGGAUAGCGCAACAAAAACCCACCCUGCAAAAAAACAACCAAAACUCCACCCUAUGCUGUUCCUUGCCCUUUCUCGCCUCUUGAUUGGCGGCUGAAGCUGUCCAUCUAACAACAACUGCUCUCAUUGGACCGGCUCUCUCCGACCCAAGCAUAUGAGAUGGAGUGGGCGGGACCAGUCUGUUCUGCACCCAUGUGUGGAGCCUCUACUAUGUCAUAUACCCCGCCCCAUCCAGCACUUUAUCUCCCAGCAUCCUCUCUGGCUUCACGGCCACCCCCGAGACCCCACCCCUUUAGUGAUGUCAGCAGUCUUCCUGUGAAGACCGGAGCGAGUGUGACCCAGAGGGGCAUCCGGAGGCCCCUCCCCCCCCACGCCGCUUGCUCCGCCCCUCUCUGAACCCAGCUCUGCGGCGCUUUGCUCCAAGCCCUUCUAGAAGAUUCUAUACCCUUCAGGGAAUUCUGGGUAAUUCUCUGCAUCUCUGUGUCUGUGUGUUCUAAUAAACAUAAUAAAUACCUGAACUUUUAGCCCCGCCUACUAACCAGAGGACUUGCAGGCAUGGGCCAGCGUGUGAGGUCAUCAGUAUGAUAACAACGUUGCUGUGUUAUAUAGGAAAUACUCUUCGUGUUAUAUGACCCCUACACACAUCUCUAUACAUUAUCCGCUUCAUAUCCAAUCUGUUGAUUUGCAUUUGUUUACACCUUUGUUUGUUUGUUUGUUUGUUUGUUUGAGUGUUUGUUUCAAAGAUAUGCUACUUUCCUGUAAUAUUUUUAGAGGUUGCUGGCCUUGUUUUGGAUGAAUCCUAACAUUAUGCCAGUUUUGCUAGUUGCAUAAACAGUGAAAAAAUAUUAAAAAUUAAAAAAAGAGUAGCUAGCUCAAGUCCUGUGUGUUAGAGCUGCAACACUGCAGUACAGUUGCGGAAGAGGACCUGAAAGACUACAAUUCCCAGAAUUCCCAGUUUUCAUGAGUGAGUGGUUGGGAGUAGAUAUGAAGCCUGCUUCUGAUUGGCUCUGAUAAGUGAGUGAAGGAUCUGUGUUUGGAUAGUGGCCCGUGAGCUCUACUGUGGGACACCCCCCGUGAGCUCUACUGUGGGACACCCCAUAUCCAGCUGGCUAAAACUCACUGAUCCUCACUGCGUCUGCCUACGGCGUUUAGUUCCUUCUUGGCUGGCGGCCUAGUUACCAGUGCUAACAAGGAGCAAAGGAGAUGCACACUAACAUGCCCAUAUUGCUGUUUUAUGAAUUGUUGGACCAAUAUCAACAGUGUGUGUGUGUGUGUGAGACAUUUCUGAGUAGGCUGACCGUGUUUCUGGGUAAUGCUGAAUGGUAAUGCUGGAGCUUUAUGCUUAUUGGCUUUGAGGUCUUCCAGACAGUGUGUGUGUUUGUGUGUGUGUAUGUGUGUGUGUGUGUGUGCAUGUGCUUGUGUGUGUGUGGGUACAUCAGUUGUUCUGGGUCUUUUCAUAAUCAGCUGCUGUGUGGGAUUCUAUCUACACACACACACAUAGCCACAGACGCAUGUGUGAGCGGACACAGACAUAGGCACACACACACACACACACACACACACACACACACACACACACACACACACAGCGUCAUGCUCCGUGUUGAAAAGCCCCAGUGAGUGGUAGGGCCUUUGUGUUGAGGGCUAUCACACGACAGGGAGCAGAAAGAAGAGAUCACAGAGCACAUGAAUGGAUGGGGAGAAAAGAGAGGGAGAGAGGGAGGGAGGAGGGGAG